ACCAAGCGCAGUGCUCUGUGGGCUCUGGUUGGCGAAUCACCGGACAAUGGGAGUGGAGGAGUUCUUCGAGGACAGCGAGAUCUUCGUGACCGGGGGAUCGGGUGUGGUGGGCAAGGCGCUGAUCGAGAAGCUGCUGCGCUCCUGCAACGUCCGCCGCAUCUACAUCCUCCUGCGUCCUCGCAAGCAGCUGACGGCCGAGCAGAGGCUCCUCCGGCUGCGCCAGGCCACCGUCUUCCAUGUGCUGGCCGUGGAGAAGCCGCAGGAGCUGGACAAGGUGGUGGCGGUGCCGGGAGACGUCUCCCUGCCCGGACUGGGCAUCGAUCCCGCGAUGAGGGAGCGCAUGAGGGGCGUGUCCCUGGUCUACCACUGUGCUGCCACGGUGCGCUUCGACGAACCACUCCGGGUGGCUCUCCGCCUGAAUGUCGGCGGCACCCUGGAAGCCCUCAAGUUCGCCGAGGGUCUGCCCAAUCUCAGGGCCUUCGUCCACGUGUCCACCUUCUACAGCAAUCCCUACUUGAAGCGGGUGGAGCCCAAGUACUACUCCUCGCCGAUGGACUGGCGAUUGUGCCUUCGACUGCUGGAGGAAGUCCCCGACGAUGGGAUGCUUAAUGCCCUUACCAGGAAGUUGAUCGUGGGCUUUCCCAACACGUACACGUUCACCAAAAAUCUGGCCGAGUCCCUGGUGAAUGAUUACCGCCAUCGGCUGCCGCUGAUAGUGUACCGUCCGUCCAUAGUUCUCUUCGCGGUGGACGAUCCCUCGCCCGGCUUUUCGCCCUCACUGAUGGGCGCCAUGGGACUGUUCGCCUUGGUGGGCGCUGGGAUCCUGAAGACCGUCUACCUGGGCAAGGACAUCCGGCUGGACAUCACGCCGCAGGACAUCGGGAUCAAGAGCAUGCUGUGCUACACGAAGCGGGGAUCGGAGGCCUACCAGCGAGGUCCUCCGCCGGAGCUGCCGGUCUACCUGUCCUCAUCCUGCACCCACGUGCCGCACACCUUCACCCAGAUCGCCGAGCAGAUGGACACACUGGACCUGUGGCGGGACGUGGCCUUCGGGAAGAGCCUGAUGAUACCGGGCUGCCACUACACGGACAGGCGCUGGGUCUACCAGCUCCUCGUCUUCACCAAGCAGAUCCUCCCCGCCGCGAUCAUCGAUCUGCUGCUGCGGAUCUUCGGGCGGAAGCCACUGCUGAUGAGUGCGGUUAGGAAGGCCUACCAGACGCUGGAGGUGAUGCAGCCGUUCAUGUUCAACAACUACGACAGUCCCGGGAUCACGGACAUGGAUUCGCUUUGCGAGGAGAACGCCGGCACUCCGUUCAAUCUGGACGCCUUCAAGCAUCCGGAUAUCCAUGGUCUGGUGAUCCAGUCCUGCGGGAACAUGCUCCUCAGCAUUCGAACGCACUUGCUCCGCGAAGAUCCCAAAACAAUGGCGCGCACCAAGAUAAUCUUAAGGAUCAAGGUGCUUCUCUACCGGUUGUUCCGCCUCUUCCUGCUUUACAAACUGAUCCGCUGGAUCUGGACGAGCUAUUUGUCGCAGUUCUAGAUCUAGAUCACUACUCCUUGAUAUUACUAUCUUUCUGUUUUAGUUUUUUUUUUUGUUAACCUAAGUAGAAGUGAAUUUCAAAUCAGCUCAAAUAUAACAAACAACGUUUCACUCGA